CAAGUUUUUAUAUAUAUAAAGUGUUAAUUGUAUGAGGUGUACAUUUUGACUGAUCUGCAUACUUUGAUAGUUUAUCCACAUUAACUAAGCUAGAUAUAUUUCACUGAUCAAUUGUAUCAGUUUAGUUUAAACACUUCUACUAUUAUCAUUAUGUUGUUGAAUGUUGAAGUCAUGUGGCAGAACUCAACUCUUUUGAAGAGUAUAUUAUUCACAAAGCGUUAUGCUAUGUCUACUGAUGUCAAAAGUCUUCUGACCAAGAAACAUUUGGAUUUUUGGGAUCUGGUAAUAUGUCUCAAGCGCUUGUCAAGGGUUUCUUAUCCUCUGGUAUAAUUGACGGUUCUCAAAUUACAAUGACAGAUCGUUACGGUCUAUCAUUUCCAGAUGCUGAGUUUAUGGUGUCGUUAAAGACUUUGUGUUCCAAGUAUGGAGUUGAGUAUAUUCAGACAAAUGAACCGAUGGUUGAAAAAAGUGAUAUUGUUUUCGCUUGUGUCAAACCACAUGUGUUAAUUCCAGAGUUAAAAUGUUUAUCGGAUCGACUAAACGAUAAAUUGUUGAUUUCUAUUGCUGCAGGUAUUACAUUGGAUCAAAUGCAGCAGGUUUUGCCAAAAUCUACUCGAAUUAUUCGUAUUAUGCCGAAUACACCUUGUCUUGUCGGGGUUGGGACUGCAGUGUAUGCGCAUACGUCAUCUGUUACGGAACAAGAAGUUCAGUUGAUUACUACUUUGUGUUCAUCGAUAUUUCCUGUUUUUGAAGCUAUUCCUGAAACCUUGUUCAACGCAGCUGUUGGCGUGGUAGGCUCAGCUCCUGCCUAUAUCUAUAUGGUGGCUGAAGCAAUUACAGAUGCUGGUGUUCUCCUAGGAUUGCCACGUUCAACUGCAGAGAAAUUAGUUGCAAACACUAUCUUAGGCUCAGCUGCUAUGAUACAGAAAACUGGUAAGAAUACAACGGAGUUAAAAAAUGAUGUAUGCUCACCCGGUGGGACAACAAUUCAAGGCGUUUAUGCAUUGGAAAAAGGUGGUCUGAGAGCUACACUUAUGGCCGCAGUACAAAAGGUCUGUGCACAUGGCGAAACAUUAAGCAAAAAAUCAUGAUCUGUAUUUGCACGCUAUUAAUACCUACUUGUUAUUUAAUUGCUCUGUAUAAUGAAUGAAGCGUAUUUUGAAACUUUUGGUACCUAAUUGAAAUAUUCUUUAUGUUUAUGUGUAAAACUGCAAUUUAUUUAUUCAUUUAUUGAAGUGUAGACGAAAAUAUUUAUACUUAAGUGUCAUUUUCUGCUUUGAAAAAAAUAUGUAUUAUCUAUUGUCAUAUUUUUCCUUCGGUUCCUAGUGGAAUAUACGCCUUCAGUAGCA